UACAGUAUAAUCAUAACAAUCAUAUAUAAAAAUAUAUAUGUUCUUAUGCGACAAUGAAUUUGAAUGUAUUUAGCACAGAACAGAACUGUUGGUAGAUGGAUCCAGUGAUUCAUUGAUUGAUUGUUUGGGUGAUUAGAAACUCACAGCUGAGCCGUUAAAGCAGCGCGCGCGUUCAUGGUGAACUUUCACUGGGGCCACUCAUCAGGACGCCUGCCAAAAAAAACCGCCCCCCUCUCCUCCUGGCAGAAAAUCAUUGCUUGUGUCUUUAUCCUCCCGGCGCGCUCCCAUCUCCGGUGUGCGCGCGCACGUGGAGUCCCCCGCGCGCGCUUGGCACGGCGCCGCGCACUCUAGCCCCUGUGUGUGUAGUAACCCAGAGCAGUAGAGCUCUCAGCUAGACAUGGCGGCGGAUCCUAAUCCGGACUGGCUCUCCUGCCUUCCCUCUUCUUGGAGUUAUGGGGUGACUCGGGAUGGACGCAUAUUCUUCAUCAACGAAGAAGCAAAGAGUACAACCUGGUUGCAUCCUGUUACUGGAGAAGCUGUAAUCACGGGGCACAGGAAAACUCCAGAUUUACCAACAGGAUGGGAGGAAGGAUACACGUUCGAAGGAGCUCGCUGCUUCAUCAAGUGAGUUGGAACGUGUGGCGGGAGAUAUAAGGAGGGGGAGAGAGAGAGAGAGGGAGGGAGGGAGGAGAGGAAGAGACUGAUAGAAUCCGUCUCAGGCGGUGAGGGGCUGCUUUGUUUGGUCGGCGGGCACAGCUCUCAUCAACGCUCACCUCUCUGCCUCUCUAACCUGCUGGAGGAAUUCACACUGAUCUGUUUCUGUCGCCUGUAACACACACACACAUGCCCACACACACACGCACGG